AUGGCGUCGUCUACUCGAAAUCAAAAGCGUAAACAAUUGGGGGAUGGCGUUGCUCCGUUUGAGUUUCGGUUUCAGACCCAGAAGAGAGAGAGGUCUUCUAGGGUUUUGGAGAGCGAACGGAUAGUAGCCGUGGAUGAAAAGGCAACUGCUUCUCUUCCUCUGCGCAAGGGUUUCUCACCCAAACAGGGCAAGAUCAUCCCUUUGGCUUCGUCUGCUAGAAAGCGUAGACAAUCGGAGGAGCUGGGGUUUGAUGGUCUCUGUCAGACCCAGAAGAGCAAGAGGCAAAAACUAGGUUUUGAUUUUGAUUGUUCUGAAAUUUUGGGUUAUCCAAUGAACCUCCGCCAUGUGAGUAGGUACUUUGAGAAGCCUGCUGAGAAUUUGCCGGGUUAUUCCCAUGACAUCUGGAGGCCCAUGGAUUUUGGUACUAUGAAAUCCAAAUUGGAGAGGGGUGUCUACUCCAGCGCUGAUGGAUUUGCGGCUGAUGUGAGGCUUACCUUGUCAAAUGCUUUAAGAUAUUAUCCGCAUGGGAGGAUUGAGCAUGCAACAACCAAGCAUCUCAGUGGUGUUUUUGAGAGCAAGUGGAAAGAAGCUGUGAAGAAAAACCCCAAGUCUUUUUGUCCUCCUCCUCUGCCCAAAGUCAAAGGUUUGGCAGCGUCCCCCAAACUAAAACAAGGCAAGACCUCUUCUCCUUUUAGCGUUCUUCGAAGUCAACGGCUUUAG